AUGAACGACGGCUGGACCCGCCACUUCGACGAGAAUACCCAGCUCUGGGCCUCCACCAACACGCAAACAGGCGAGAUGAUAUACGAAGAUGACCCUGAAGAGCCCGAGGAGCAAGAGGAAGCCCUGGUAGACGCCGAUUACCACUCCGAGUACCGCCUCGUGUCCAUCGUCCGUCGCAAGGGCGGCGAUCCAGCUUUCAAGCACUGGGCCCUCUUCGUAGAGGACAAGGACGGAGACACGGAGGGUUUUGAGUGCGAAGUCGAAGGAUCGCGGAAACGGUUCACGUACGCCGAGGGUCGGGUUUUCACAAACGCACCUGUGACUACGUUGGAUACGCAUCCUGUUGGGUACGUGGACGUGGAAAAUCUGCAGAACCUCAUGGAAUUUGCGAGGGUGUCGACGAUCCAUAAUGAGGAUGAGUACUGGUGCUGUCAGGAUUUUGUGUGGACGCUCGUGGAGGAGUUGGAGGCGGGGGAAAUUCUUGAGCACUGUGAUGAUUUUGAGAAGGAGAGGAGGGAGAUUUAUGGGUUAAAAGGGCCGCAUAAGUAG